CAAUGGCAGCUUUGUCUCUCACCUCGGCCACUUUCCAACCGGUGCGCGCUGUACGCUGAUAUUGGACUGCGAACCAUUGGACACCCUUUAUGGGAAGGAUGAGUUUGUCAGAUGGAUGACUUCGGCCAUGCGGCACCUGCAUCUUCCGCGCAGAUCCAACCGCUUGAAUUAAAGUCGUCUGAUUGGAUGAGCCCGGGCAUGGGAGAUCAGGAAGCUUGGCGAACCUCAACAUCAACCGUGAUGCCCGCAGAGCCAACAAUUUCACAUCGACUGGAGCUCGACAUUGCGCAGGGAUUAUAUGUCCAUGGGCAAAACCUGAGUCACUUGACUGUCACCUGUUUCCAUCUUUUAUCUGGUUCCACGUCGGCUUUUCACCACAAAUCGACGCCAUGCAUGCAACCCUGGUUGGCACAGCGGCAGUUGGCGCCCUGGCAGCUUGCAAUAUCCAGCACUGGCAGAUUGAGAGGCGGAGAUUGGAGAGACCGUUGCAUCUGGAUACAUACGGAGCACUGUAUAACAUACCAACCAUCUUCUCUGCCGCGCCAAUACCGAGCAGCCAGGCCCGCCUCGACAACGUGGAAAGCUUUCUGAAGAUGCAGCAAAGCAAGUAACGGACAUACGUCCGAUAAAUUCGUUCAAACAUCGAAUGGGAGUC